AUGAGCUUCGCGUUCGGGUUUGUUUGGGGGAAACCGGAGACGCCGCUAACGUGUUUUGGUUAUGAGAUCGGGAUCAGGAGGUCGAUUCUUCUCGUGGUGCUGGUGUUUGCGCUCAGCAUCGGGGCCCUUGGGAUAUACUUUAUAGACUCCUCCGAUUGCCACGGUAACGGAAAGAGCGAGGAAGGUAGUGAGAGGCGGGGGGGCACAAAGAUGUACUCUGGCACCGACCCAGAGGCAGAUUGCAGCGCUGGAAUCUGUCCAGCAACCACUGCAGCCUCUGCCCGCAGACACCCCACAGCGCCACACACACAUGGGGUUCAGAAGAGAUCAUGUGACUUCAGCAUUUCUCACUAA